CGAAACGAACACAUUAUCACAAAGUGCUUAGAAAAAUAUUUUCUUCCAGAAUUUGAAAAAAAAAUCUGUGAAACUGUUGGUACAUGCUGUCACUGUAGAUGAAAGCUGUACUUGAAGUACUUGAGUGGUGCGGUCUGUUAGAUAGUAUGGCAAUUAUUGAUAAUAGAAAGCCUCUGAAGACGAAAGAAAACACUAUUCUAACAAUGAACUUUUAUCUCUCGCAAAUAAGAUAGUAUGUACCGCCAUCCAAUCGAAAGCAAGUUCAAAUAACCUCUAAAUUGAUCCACCGUUUUGCUUAAUCAGUGAAAAUACUGUUGACAUUGGACUAAAAUUUUGUUGGGAUUUGAGAUUGGAACCAGUGAUCAUGAAGCAUUUCCAAUUUUCCUCGGACGCAGAACAAUGAAAAGUUGCAUCCGACAACACCACCAGUCCAAAAGCACGGAAUGCGAUGGAAUUUCCGCAUAGCAACGAAAACACUCGCGCGAAGCACAAUAACAACCGCCACGAACCCUGCCAAACAUGACAGCUCGACUGCAGCAGAGCGAGCAAUAACAUUGGAUUUCUCCUCCGCGCUGAUGAUGACGAUGAUGAGUGUUGUUUAUCAAUGUUUAUGAAAGUGCUACGCCAUCGGAACAUUAAAUGUGCGUCACCGUUUUCGCUGGUGCAAUCCUCUCCCAGCAUAGAUCAUACGGCCCAUCGAUAGUGCGACCCUUGGUCCCGUGCGAAACACGGCCAAAACAAGCCGAGGACAGCAGCUUGAUCGCGUGGCGUUGUGGGUGUUGGAUAGGAUAAAACUAGGCCCCAUUGUGUUUUUUUUUCUUUCCCCCCCUUCGUUCACCGUCUUCGUACCGCCGUGCAGCCCAAACAUGAACUCGUUCCUACGCGGAUCGAUGAACUACGUCUGGUGCACGACGAGCGUGCUGGGCAAGGGUUCGACCGGGGCCGUCUUCCAGGGCGUCAACAAGCACAACGGCGAGCCGGUGGCCGUGAAGACGUUCAACCAGCUCAGCCACAUGCGCCCGCAGGACGUGCAGAUGCGCGAGUUCGAGGUGCUGCGGAAGGUCAACCACAACAACAUUGUGAAGCUGCUCGACAUCGAGGACGACCAGGAGGGCCGCGGUAAGGUGAUCGUGAUGGAGCUGUGCACGGGCGGCAGCCUGUUCAACAUACUGGACGAUCCGGAAAACACGUACGGGCUGCCGCAGAAGGAGUUUCUGCUCGUGCUGGAGCAUCUGUCCGCCGGGAUGAAGCAUCUGCGGGACAACAAUCUCGUGCAUCGCGACUUGAAGCCGGGCAACAUCAUGAAGUACAUCUCGGAGGACGGUCAGACGGUGUACAAGCUGACGGACUUUGGAGCGGCCCGGGAGCUCGGUGAAAAUCAACAGUUUGCUUCACUUUACGGCACGGAGGAGUACCUGCACCCGGACAUGUACGAGCGGGCCGUGCUGCGGAAGUCAAUUAAUCGUAGCUUCACGGCGAACGUGGACCUUUGGUCGAUCGGGGUGACGCUUUAUCAUGUAGCGACGGGGAAUUUACCCUUCCGGCCGUACGGUGGGCGAAAGAACAAGGAAACGAUGUACCACAUCACGACAAAGAAAGCACCGGGAGUCAUUUCCGGCACGCAGACGAGCGAAAAUGGACCGAUCGAGUGGUCCAAGCAUCUGCCCGCUCACUGUCAGCUGAAGGAGGGUUUGAAGCAGCUCGUAACGCCGCUGAUGGCCGGCCUGCUGGAGGAGAGCCAGGGAAGGAUGUGGUCGUUUGACAAGUUUUUCCUCGAGGUGCAAAACAUUCUCAACAAAACGGUGCUGCACAUUUUCUACGUCAAUCGGGCUACCUCGAUCGAGGUGUACCUGGAGCCGGAACAGACGCUGGUCCAUCUGCUGGAGCACAUUCUGGCGCAGACGGAUGUACCGCAGGCGUCACAGCUGCUGCUGCUCGACAACGAACUGUUUGCGACGAAGGUGGAUGCCAACACAAGUGCACGUGGCUAUCCUCCGACCGAUCCGAGCAAUCCGGUGAUGCUGUUCAACAUCGAAAACUACAACGUUAUACUACCGACUGAGUGGGAUCUGCCCAAGUUCCCUACAUUCCCGAACGGCAUUUCGGUGGAGAACGAUGCCAGCCUGGCGAAGGUGGCCUGCAGCGUGGGGCACGAGUGUAAGAGGCGUGUCGAGAGCCUAUCACUGCUGGACACGCUGAUGAACAAAUCGGUGCAUCAAUUUUCUGGCUUUUUGGCCGGUUUUCUGGUGAAGUUACUUAAACGAACCCGUCAUCUGGAGGAUAUAGAAGGACUGAUCUCCGAGCUGACCAAGAUGUUUGAAGUGGCGGCAUCCAAUCACGAAACGUACCAAAAGCUCGGCGCCACCAUCCUGGCCAGCUACGAAACUCAAAAGUCCGACUUCCAGCGCGUCUCCGAACCGAUCCAGCAGCUGUACGCGCGCUUCGUCAAGGAGGAAUCGCUCGUGCGCGAAUGGAACUCGGGCUACCGGGCGCUCCGCACGCCCAACAAAAACCGCGACAGCGAGAAAGCGAAAUCGCUCGUCGAUCGGCUGCGCGACUCGUGGCAGCACAUGCUGCGCGAUCGGGCCACCCGCUCGCUCACCUACAACGACGAGCAGUUCCACGUGCUGGAGAAGGUCAAGAUAGCCGAAACGGGCAAGCGGCUGAAAACGCUGCUGAACGAUGGUGUCCGGCAGGCGGUCGAGCAGGAGGCGGAAUGUUUGGCCGACUGGUACAAGAAGGCGCAGACCAUCUUUCUGCAGACGCAGUUUCUUACCAAGGAUGUCGGUGCGUACGUGGAUGCGCUGUACGAGUUGCGCGAGCAGCUGAAGCAGCAUCGGGAGGAUUUGAAGGAGGAAAUCAGCACGGAUGGGGAGGUGUCGAAAACGAUCGCCGGCAAAUCGAUACCGACCAUGACGUCGACCGCAACGACGACAAUCCCGAUCGUGGGCGGAGGUGGUGGUGGUGGUGGAGAUGGGGGUGAUGGUAGCGAUGGAAAGGGCCUUUCGGCACGCCAGAAUCAGUAUAAAGUAAUGUGUUUCAUGAACAUGUACAACCAAAUCAAAGAGGUGAAGAAAAUGCUUCAGCAAAACAGUGAUAUCUUGGCCGCGACGCAGGGAUUGCUUCCCGAUGUGGGCGAUAAGGCGGCCGCCACGUAGCAGUAGAGGAGGGCAGCACCGGCUUGUCCCGCCCGCCGCUCUCUUGUGACGUUCCUGAUUAUUUGAUAUAUACCUUUAUAUGUUAGAUCGUUAAAAAGUGAAACCAAUUUCUUUUGUGCUGUGUAAAUAUCUCUGUGUAACAACGCUACAGUAUUCUGUUAGUGUUAUAUAUAGAAUAAUAUAUAAAUAGAAAAAAAAUUAUAAACGAUUGCGCACGAUUGGGCAGAAUAAAGUAUAUAUUUUCUUAUAUUUUA